AAAAGACAAGUCUAAACCUUGCCUUGUCAAACUGCUUUAUUAUAAAAAUCCCUAUUGCACAGUUAUACCGAGGUAGGUGACAGUAGAGCUUCACUUUCUAUCGUACAAAUAUACUUUAGAGAGAGGGAAAGAGAUCGAGAGAUGGAGGAGAUGCGUGAGGCAGCAAUGGCAUGUUACGCGAACAUGUCCAACGAGCAACAACAACUGGUUGUGAGUUUCUUCAAUUCAAUAGACGCGGAAGGAGACGGGAAAGUGAGCACCGCCGAGUACUUGGAUUUCCUGAAGACGAAAGGCUGGUGCCAGAAGGAGGUGCCGCAAAACCUGUUUGAACAUGUGGACGCGGACAACGACGGCACUCUGGAUUUCGAAGAAUGUGUUACUUUUUACUACUUGAUUACAUUCAAGAGGUUUUUGUUCUGCAAAGGGUGCGGCCUCCAUUUCGUAUGUGUCGAAUGUCACAAAAAGGAAAAGUCGUACGAUCUCUGCAGUUCGUGUUAUCAUAAUAAGAACUUCAGCCAUGCACACUCCUCCUUCUUGGAUAACAAUACUCCCCUCCAGCCCAACCAGCCCAGCAAAAGGGAAAAAUGGAAGCGGCGCACAAAGAAGGUGGUAAAGUUCGGUGGUCUAUUAACUUUGCAAUUAGCUGGGGCAGGUUUUUUUGGUUCCAUGGGAAAUUAAAGCACUAGUAUCGUUAGUAAUUCUGCAUUUUACAGCAUAACAAGGCUUGGAUCGAGCAACAAUACACAACUGUGAAUUUUUAUAUGUUGGUUUUAGGCAGAAUGAAGCGCUAUUCGUUAAUUUGUGGUUUGACUAUUCUAAGCCGAAAUAUCAAUU